GGUUACAGCCCCUCUCCCUUGCCUCCUUGUGUCCCCCGGUUGGGAUGCACCCCGCCUCAGGUCCCUUCUCCCGCGGGAGCGUCGUGUCCCCCCCCCGCCUCUCUAUCCACACGCGUAGCAAUAACUGAGCCCCAGCGCGUCGUGCCUGGCCCAGAACUGCUGGACUCCCGGGCUUUGGUUCCCUGUGGCGUGUGGGAAUUACUCUACUGCCUCGUCCUAACCCUGUUUCCGUAGGCAUUAAAAUAGUCCGCGCGUUUCCCUCUCUGUCUCCACACCUGUGCCCGGCGUCCGAGGAUAUCUCCUUCUCCUCUCCAGGGAAUGCGAUUUUCUCCCUCGUCUUGCAGGGCAGCCUGUUCUGCUGGGUCCUGGUUGUCCACAUUUCGCCGUAGGAUUAGGGUGUUUGCUCUUCUGACAUGAUUGCUGAGCAUGCCACCUUUUGGAGUUGUCAUAUAGUUGCUGGCUGCUGCAUCUGAGGCUUUUCCCACAGGCUUAAAGGCAUAUAAGCUCUGUCUAUAGCAGCGUCAUCUCCUGUGUGCUGGCAGGGUCCCCUGAAUUUUUAAAUUGAAGAGAAAAUGUCACUUUAUGAUGACUUGGGUGUUGAGACCAGCGAUUCUAAAACAGAAGGCUGGUCCAAAAAUUUCAAACUACUACAGUCUCAGUUGCAGGUGAAGAAGGCAGCUCUCACACAAGCAAAGAGUCAGAGAACAAAACAAACAACAGUCCUUGCUCCCGUGAUUGACCUGAAACGAGGGAGCUCUUCUGAUGAGAGACAGAUUGUGGACACACCACCUCAUGUAGCAGCUGGGUUAAAGGAUCCUGUGCCUAGUGGUUUUUCUGCAGGAGAUGUGUUGAUUCCUUUGGCAGAUGAGUAUGAUCCCAUGUUCCCAAAUGACUAUGAGAAGGUGGUGAAACGGCAAAGAGAGGAACGACAGAGGCAGAGGGAGCUGGAGAGGCAAAAGGAGAUUGAAGAAAGAGAAAAACGUAAAGACAGACAUGAAGCCAGUGGGUUUUCAAGAAGACCAGAUCCAGAUUCUGAUGAAGAUGAAGAUUAUGAAAGGGAGAGACGAAAAAGAAGUAUGGGAGGAGCUGCCAUUGCACCACCCACUUCGCUUGUUGAGAAGGACAAAGAACCUGUAGCAUCAUUUCCUUAUGAAGAGGAGUCCAGACCUCGGGCACCAUCUUCCAAAGCAGCUAUUCCUCCUCCAGUGUAUGAUGAGCCAGAGAGACCUCGUUCCCCCACGGGACCUAGCAACUCUUUCCUUGCUAACAUGGGAGGAACAGUAGCUCAUAAAAUCAUGCAGAAGUAUGGCUUCAGAGAGGGCCAGGGGCUGGGCAAACACGAACAGGGGCUGAGCACAGCACUGUCAGUAGAGAAAACAAGCAAGAGGGGUGGCAAGAUCAUUGUUGGCGAGGCUGCAGAGAAAGAAGCAGGCAAGAAAGCAGAUUCUAACCCAUUGACUGAGAUACUGAAAUGCCCAACUAAAGUGGUCUUACUAAGGAACAUGGUAGGUGCUGGGGAAGUGGAUGAAGACCUAGAAGUUGAAACUAAGGAGGAAUGUGAGAAAUAUGGCAAGGUUGGGAAAUGUGUUAUCUUUGAGAUUCCUGGUGCCCCUGAUGAUGAAGCUGUAAGAAUAUUUUUAGAGUUUGAACGGGUUGAAUCUGCCAUUAAAGCUGUUGUGGAUCUAAAUGGAAGAUACUUUGGAGGCAGAGUUGUGAAGGCUUGUUUCUACAACCUGGACAAGUUCAGAGUGUUGGAUCUGGCAGAGCAAGUUUGAUUUUAAAAAUCUAGCUCAAGGUGUCACUGUUUUGGCAAUCAUGUUUUCAGCUGUAGGCUGGGAAUAAGGAAGAGAAAAGUAGCUUUCCUAGCAAACUGGAAACAAGCCUCAUUGAAUGGAUUUUUCGCAUUCGUGGUGACUUAACAUUUUUUUUGUAAUAUAAAGCCCUUUGAAAGUCA